GAGUGAUUGAAAGCAUAGAGGAAUGAUGUCAUAGAAAACUCUACCACUGAUUGGAGUUGAGGUUCCCCUGGCAAGCCUAUAAAAGUAGCAAAGUCCACACCAGGAAAAAGCAAGGGGAGGGAAAUCUGGAGUGUGAGAAAUUCUGGGAUCUUCAGUGUUUGGUGUGAUACAGACUCCUAAGUGAAGAUGUGGUACUGUGGAUAUAUACUGGUCUCCUGCCUCUUCACUGUCACUCUGUUCAGUUGCAGUGCCACUGGCUUCCAAGUGCUAUCGGAAAAAUCAGAGUCUCUCACCCAGAAGUUUCUGGGCCCUGUGGCUUUGAAGAAGUCUGGAUCCCUGGUCUGGUCCAAUGACGAGAAAUCUUCCAGCACACAGAAAGACAAACUACUGCUCCUCGAUCAACUGGUGCAUGUAGAAAAGAAUGCCAUUGAAAUCAAGAGGAAGAGAAGCUUCCCUGGAGAGAACAUGCCACUGGAUCGCCUGUCUGUCAGCACAAUGGAUACAAAAAGCAAACGGAAAUACCACGCUGGGGAGGGAGGGAACGGGAAGGCAGUGAGCAUUCCUAGAAGGCAAAUGAGUGUUCCUAUUGACCGGAUUGGAAUUGGGCGAUUCCCCAGCAAACGAGGCUAAACUCUGUUCAUGCUCUGGUGGUCCCUCACAAGUAGAAGACUGGGAAAAUGUCAGCAUGCUCCAUGAUACCAGUUUACUUUUAAAUGUAGCUCAAAAAACAUAUAGACCCUCCUCACCCUGGUCUACUGGAGACUUUAUAGCACCCAGACAACUGUAGAGCAGGGUGAGAGAAAAGCCCAAACGGCAGACUGAACACCCAGGACUCUGCCCCAAUGCUGUGUGUUCAGUUCAUUUAGCAUCUCCCUUUAUAUACACAAUGUCUUCACACUGACUUAGGGUCAACCUUGACAUUAAAACUGAUCAUAAGGAAAUAUUUGUAGUGUUAAUUGUUCAUAAGAAUAUUAGAAUAUUUCUUUUACAAAUAUGUGCACAAAAUAUACAUUCAUUUGGUUUUAAAUGAGCUUAAAUUCAUUAACUUUGAAUAUAUCAAUCCAUCCAUCCAUUUUCCAAACCUCUUAUCCUUCUGGGUCGCGGGAAGUCCGGAGCCUAUCUCAGAAGCUACGGGCACAAGGUGGGAAACAACCCAGGCCGGGGGGCCAGCCCAUCACAGGGCACACUCACACACCAUUCACACCUAUGGGCAAUAUAGUAACUCCAAUUAUCCUCAGAAUUCUUUGCAGUCUUUGGACUGUGGGGGGAAACUGGAAUACCCAGAGGAAACCCCACGACAACAUGGGGAGAACAUGCAAACUCCACACACAUGAAACCCAGGCAGAGACUCGAACCCUGGUCCCAGAGGUGUGAGUCAACAGUGCUAAUCACUGUGGUUGUGUUUCACGUUCACUUAUCUAAUAACAUGCACUGACACUUACUAUUUUCUCAGUGAAAACCAUUAUAUCUGUUGUAACUCAACUGACACACCAAGCUAAAAUUAUACAGCAGGAUAUGAUUUAUAAAGACUUUGUCCCAUUCCAAUCAACUUCCCAAGAAUAUAUGUUAUACAAGUUGGAUAAAAAAGUGCCAAGUUAGUCAAGCUAAUAAAGAUAUUCAAUAAAAGA